AUCAACAUUGCGACAGGCAAACGACACCCGGACCCUGCAACAGCCCUUCACCUGCCCACUAUACCCACUCUUGCAGCCUUACCCCUACGGACCCCCGCACCAACACUCGACACGAGCCUCAUCCACCAUGGCUGACGCCGCCGUUGAGAACCCGCUGAACACCGUCCCGCCGCACAAGAAGCAGCUCCCAUCCUCGAUACCGAACUUCGACACAUUGGAAGGCUUUACAACAGACGGCGACGAUGACUACUCGACCUUCAAGAAGCUCCAAAGGCAAUUAGAGUACAUUCACCUCCAGGAGGAAUACAUCAAGGAUGAGCAGCGGAGCUUGAAGCGCGAGCUGGUGAGAGCACAGGAGGAGAUCAAGAGGAUCCAGAGUGUGCCGCUCGUGAUCGGGCAGUUCAUGGAGGCUAUCGACCAGAACACCGGUAUCGUACAGUCUUCGACCGGCUCGAACUAUGUCGUGCGCAUCCUUUCCACCCUCGACCGCGAACUCCUCAAGCCCUCUUCAUCCGUCGCUCUGCACCGCCACUCGAAUGCCCUCGUUGAUAUCCUGCCUCCUGAGGCCGACUCGUCGAUCGCCAUGCUUGGGCAGGACGAGAAGCCUGACGUGACCUACGCCGAUGUUGGUGGUCUGGAUAUGCAGAAGCAGGAGAUCCGGGAAGCUGUUGAGCUGCCCCUUACACACUUCGAUCUGUACAAGCAGAUCGGUAUCGACCCACCGCGCGGUGUCCUGCUGUACGGGCCCCCGGGUACAGGAAAGACUAUGCUUGUCAAGGCUGUCGCAAACAGCACAACGGCAUCCUUCAUCCGUGUAGUUGGGUCUGAGUUUGUGCAGAAGUACUUGGGUGAGGGCCCGCGUAUGGUCCGUGACGUCUUCCGAAUGGCGCGCGAGAACUCGCCAUCCAUCAUCUUUAUUGAUGAGAUCGACGCUAUUGCCACAAAGCGCUUCGACGCGCAGACGGGUGCCGAUCGAGAAGUCCAGCGUAUCCUGCUGGAGUUGUUGAACCAGAUGGACGGUUUCGACCAGACUUCGAACGUCAAGGUCAUCAUGGCGACCAACCGCGCCGACACACUCGACCCUGCGCUCCUCCGACCCGGUCGUCUCGACCGAAAGAUCGAGUUCCCUUCGCUCCGCGAUCGUCGUGAGCGCCGUCUCAUCUUCUCCACGAUCGCAAGCAAGAUGAGCCUGUCGCCCGAAGUCGACAUGGACAGCCUGAUUGUCCGCAACGACCCGCUCUCGGGUGCCGUCAUUGCGGCCAUUAUGCAGGAGGCGGGUCUGAGGGCCGUCAGGAAGAACAGGUACAACAUCAUCCAGGCGGAUCUGGAGGAGGCAUACACGAGCCAGGUCAAGGGGACGGCCGAGGCCGACAAGUUCGACUUCUACAAGUAAACGCAGAGCUGGCGUGGUGGAAGGGGGAAGUGGCCUUGUACACUACGAUAGACGCAGACCGCUUGGUCUGGAUCUGCAUGCUGCACAUAUGCUUGGCUGCAUGUUUAAUGCGAUGAAUGACAACAAGGAUGGUUUUGCUAUUGCACAAAGUGACACUGGAAAUUCCUGGGUAUCGACGUAGAACUUUGACCAAGACAGUCGCUUUGAAAGCUCACAGCACCACUCAAAACCCCGAUACACGCAGC